CAACGAGUGGUGAUUUCUUUUUUUCUGCCUCAACCAGGCUGGAUAUAGGCUACUGUGCUUCUACUUUGCUGCAGCCCAGUGUUGAGAGCGUUUUGCACAUACUGUAGGCAUCGUUUCCUCCCCGCUGGCUAUUUUCAACGGAUUUUUUUGAAUGUUGCAUGGACUAAUUAUCGGGAUAUGUGCAGUCUUUUUUUUCUAAGUGAGAUACGGAGGAAAUUAAUUAGUAAGUAAAAAGCUUCAAGACUUGCGGACGGGAUGAAAGACUAAAUCUGCUGGAAAUAAAAAAGGUAAUCGGGACUUCAGUGUGAUGAGACAUUCCUGCAAUUAUGUUCUUUAGGCAAAGAUAUCCGGAUUUAAGCUGUUGAAUAAUUUUGUGACUGCAGCUCCUUUAAGCUUUUUUUGAUAGCCGAAGAGGAUUUUUUUUUUUUUUGCUUGUAAUAUCUCACCCAGAGCACUGAUGUUUAUCCAAAAUGCGACUUAAAUCUGUGCUGGCAUCAAAGCGGAGAAUUUAACACGGACUUUUGACUUCAUCUGCACGGAAGAUUUAAACAUUUUUUGGACUUGGCUCGCAGGAAUUCUCAUAUAUGCAGCCUCCUUUUUUCCUCCACUUGAAAAUGGACAGUUCAUCAUAUGAGUCAUGUGUAAGACCAGUUUUUGCCGCUUGAGAAGAGCUGCACGGAUUUACACGGCUAAAUCAGUGUUGUGAGAAGCUCCAGCAUGUUUUCACAGAUCUGUCGUCCCCAAUGUUUCGCCCGCUGCAGUAGACCGGAGGAUGUGCUCUGCCCGAGAAGAGUAAAAUAGGCUGAGGCACUUGUUACAAUUAUAGCUUUCGCACCAUGAUAUAAUUUGCAUACCACAAGAGCUAUUCGUCACUUAAACACUUUUUCUGGACAUUUGACUGAGAUGAUUCAUUUGGAACAUUUUUCCUGUUUUCUCUGACGUGCGUACUCGUGCGUAAUUAUCUUUAUUAGGGAGAGAAAAACUCAACAGGUACAAUGCAAACCAAGGAAAUGGAAUUAAUACAAUUAAUUGCUGUGUUCCUCUUAUUUUGGGUCGGGACUGAGGCUGUGAUCAACCUCAAGUAUGGAAUAAACGAGGAGAUGAAGCCCGGGUCAGUGAUUGGAAACGUGACAAAGGACGCGCUAAAGCAAGGAUUUCAGAUAGCACCGCAGCCCCCGUACUUAAGGGUUAUUUCCAAUUCCGAGCCACGAUGGGUGGAACUGAGUCCAGCCGGAAUCCUUACAACCCAAAUGAAAAUAGAUCGGGACGUAGUUUGUCGACAGAACCCAAAGUGCAUUAUUUCCCUAGAAGUGAUGUCAAACUCAAUGGAGAUCUGUGUCAUCAAAGUUGAAAUCGAGGAUUUGAACGAUAACGCACCCAGAUUCCCAACGAGCCACAUUGACAUUGAAAUCUCCGAGAAUGCCUCCCCUGGUACCAGGUUUCCCCUAGAGGGGGCAAGCGAUCCGGACUCGGGGAUCUUUGGCGUGCAAUCAUAUUCCAUCACCCCAAAUGAGCUGUUCGGACUGGAAAUAAAAACCAGAGGGGAUGGGUCCAAAAUUGCAGAGCUUGUUGUGCAAAAAUCGUUAGACAGGGAGACCCAGUCCCACUAUACAUAUGAAAUCAGCGCAGAAGAUGGAGGAGACCCUCCUAAGAUAGGCGCGGUCCAGUUAAACAUCAAGGUGAUUGAUUCUAAUGACAACAACCCUGUUUUUGACGAGCCGGUGUACACAGUGAACGUGAUGGAGAACUCCCCCAUCAAUACAUUAGUCAUAGACUUGAAUGCAACGGAUCCUGACGAGGGCACUAAUGGAGAGGUUGUGUACUCGUUCAACAGUUACGUCACCGAGAAAACGAGGGACGCGUUCAAAAUUGACCCCAGAACCGGGAUCAUCACCGUCAACGGUGUUUUGGAUUACGAAACGGCGCAAAUCUACGAGAUCGACGUCCAGGCCAAAGAUUUAGGUCCCAACUCUAUUCCAGCUCACUGCAAAGUCACAGUGAACGUCAUGGACACCAACGAUAACCCACCUGUCAUCAGUUUACUCUCACUCAACACGGAGAUGGUGGAAGUUAGUGAGAACGCGCAGCGUGGAUAUGUCAUCGCGCUCGUGCGGGUGUCAGAUAAGGAUUCUGGGGCAAACGGCAAAGUGCAGUGCAGGCUGCAGGGCAAUGUGCCGUUCAGGCUGCAAGAAUACGAGAGCUUCUCCACUAUACUUGUUGACGGCAGGCUGGACAGAGAGCAAAAGGACACAUACAACCUGACUAUCCAGGCGGAGGACAGUGGCAUGCCUCCUUUACGCGCCACAAAGUCUUUGGUAGUCAAAGUCACAGAUGAAAAUGACAACCCUCCCCACUUCCUAAAACCACACUAUCAAGAGAUGGUGAUGGAAAACAACCUCCCCGGUUCAUGUCUGCUCGCUGUCUCAGCAGAAGACCCGGAUUUGGGCAUGAAUGGCACAGUUUCCUACUCCAUAGUCCCCGGUGAGAUUAAGCACAUGGAUGUAAACACAUAUGUCAGCAUAAACCCAUCAGGCCGCAUUUAUUCCAUGAGAUCAUUCGACCAUGAAUACACCAGGACUUUUGAUUUCAAAGUUUUGGCCAGAGACAACGGCAACCCCUCUUUAUCGAGCAACGCCACGGUGCGUAUUGUUGUCCUUGACGUCAACGACAACACACCUGUGAUGACAAACCCCCCGCUGGUGAACGGCACAGCGGAGGUUUCCAUCCCCAGAAACGCAGUGGUGGGUUACAUGGUGACCCAGGUGAAGGCAGACGACUACGACGAGGGGGAGAACGGCCGGCUCACCUACACCAUCUCAGAGGGGGACAGGGGCUUCUUUGAGAUCGACCAGGUGAACGGGGAGGUGCGCUCCACCCGGAUGUUUGGAGAGCACGCCAAAUCCACCUAUGAGAUCACAGUGGUGGCGAGGGACCACGGCAAACCCUCCCUCUCCGCCUCGGCCUACAUCGUGGUGUACCUCUCCCCAGACCUGAACGCGCAGGAGACUAUUGGACCUGUCAACCUGUCCCUCAUCUUCAUCAUCGCGCUGGGCUCUAUCGCAGCCAUCCUGUUUGUCACCAUGAUUUUUGUGGCCGUCAAGUGCAAGAGGGACAACAAGGAGAUCCGGACGUACAACUGCAGUUUCUUCUACUUGCGCAGGGUGGCGGAGUACUCAUAUGGCAACCAGAAGAAGUCCAGCAAGAAGAAGAAGCUGAGCAAGAACGACAUCCGCCUGGUGCCCCGCGACGUCGAGGAGACGGACAAGAUGAAUGUGGUGAGUUGCUCGUCUCUCACCUCCUCGCUCAACUACUUCGACUACCACCAGCAGAGCCUGCCACUGGGCUGCAGGCGCUCCGAGAGCACCUUCCUCAACGUGGAGAACCAGAACUCACGCAAUGCAGCUCCCAACCAUGGCUAUCAGCACCCAUUCACCGGUCAGGGCCACCAGCAGCCAGACCUCAUCAUCAACGGCAUGCCACUGCCAGAGACGGAGAAUUAUUCCAUCGACUCCAGUUACGUGAACAGCAGAGCCCACCUCAUUAAAAGCACAUCGACAUUCAAGGACCUGGAGGGGAACAGUCUGAAGGACAGCGGCCACGAGGAGAGCGACCAGACCGACAGUGAACAUGAUGUCCAGAGAGGACACUAUGUUGACACGGCUGUCAAUGACGUGCUGAACAUGACCGUCCCCCCCAAUGUUUGCCAGCUGCCAGACCAAGACCCCAGCGAAGGCUUUCACUGCCAGGACGAGUGUCGUAUCCUAGGCCACUCUGACCGCUGUUGGAUGCCUCGUGUCCCAAUCCCGGCGCGUGCCAAGUCACCUGAGCACGGCCGUAAUGUCAUCGCUUUGUCUAUUGAGGCCACCACAGUGGACGUGCCGCACUACGAGGACGGCACCACCAAGAGGACUUUUGCCACCUUCGGCAAGGAUGGGCCCGAGGACGUGGAGCGGGGAGAGUUAAAGGGAAAGCGGACUCAGGAGUCUCAGGUGUGCAGCCCCAAGGCCAAUGGAGGGGCUGUCCGUGAAGCUGGCAACGGGCGCGAGGCAGCCAGCCCCAUCACUUCCCCUGUGCACCUGAAGAGCCCUGUGUCCAAGCCGUCAUCUGCCUACAACACGCUGAAAUGCCGCGACGCAGAGCGAAUCGCCAACCACAGCCUGCUGCGGCAGCCGGAGGGGAAGGACAGUGAGCCAGCUGUCAGGGAGAUCAACACGCUUCUCCACGAUGGCCGAGACAAGGAAUCCCCCAGCAGCAAGCGCCUGAAGGACAUUGUGCUUUAGCGAGCUUCUCAUUGACACGCACCGACAUCCAUGCACACAUGCAGUGUAAAACUCACAUAUAUGUACCCCGCAAUAGCUGUGUGUACACAGAAGAACGUCCGGCUAUGGAAGUAGAGAGACACACCCAUUUGCAGUAUACAAUAUUGAAGAAGCAGCUCGUGCUGAGGAGGAUGAACUGUGGUAUGCUGCAGCUAGUUGUGUGCUCGAGCCGAGGUAGUGGAUGUGGCUUUGUUGUAGUCGCAGUACUUUUUCCUUGUUUGCUUUUUGUUCAGUUUUUCUUUCUAUCGGUCUGCAAGGAGUGGACAGGCAGGUUACUGUUGACUGCAUGGACAUGGCCAGUGGACCUCCCCAGCGCUUGCGCCAAAGCAGGACACUGCGUGUUUGGACACCUGAGGUGCCAAUUCAUUACGUACAGUUAUGCCUUUUGAACUACUUUUGUAUCACAAACUGAUAUUUGCCUUCUUUGGUUUUGCAGUGUGUUCUAGCUGCCAAAAUCGCUCUUUGUUCCUUUGUAUAGUGAGCUCCAUCAAUGUAAUAAACGACAUACACAGGAUUCAUCUUAAAAAAUACUCUCAAUUUACUCCUUCGACAGUUUUCAGUGCAUUCAUGGGAAAGGAAGCGAGCCCUCUCGGUCUCAUUUGCCCCUUUCUCUGACUAAUAAGAGAAACUUUCUCUGCGUAUCCCUGAGGACAUCCCAGUGUCAUCAGACUGUGAGGUCUUUACAGUAUUUAUAUUUUAUCAAGGAUGGAGCUAAAUGAACUCUCGCUAUCUGCCCAGCCGCUCUGAACACUGGAAGUGGGACAGACAGAUCCUUGUGUUCAAAUUGAGUUGUGAAAAAAAAAAGACUUACUGCUUUUGAAAUCUCCUGUGCCCAACCUUGAUUGUAGCCAGUGGAGCCCAAAUUAGAACUUUGUGCUCUGGUCUUGUACUUUUUUUGACUUUUGACUAUGGGGCUAGGAUAGAAGGGAUCGUCACUCAUGUCUUGCUAUGUGAAACUCUCUAUAGGGUUUACUAUUAUCAUUUUUAAUAACCUGUUGUUAUGUGACAAUCCCUUUAAUGUUUUGUUUCAAGAGAAAAAAACAAAUAAACAUUGGUGUUCAACUGAAGCUACAGUAGCGUUUGUUACACAAACACAAAAAUAAAAAAAAACAUA